UCAAAGAAUCAAAGAAGGAAGGAAGGAGAAGAAAGCAGGCAUCUGCGUCACCUACUAGACCAGUGAAAACCUACAAUCAUAAAAAAAUCUCCUCUCUUCCUCGAGCCUUACCCUCUGAUCAUUAUUUCCACAAUUCAAUUAAUGUCUGUGUUGCUCAAAUCACAGAGAGGAACUAACCAACUAAGAAAAACUUGAGACUUCUAAAACAGCAUGACUCGGGGCUCAACGGAUGAUGAUGAUGAUUCAUGCACCAGGCCUGUCAAAAGAUGGUCCAUCUUCUUCUAUGGGGUGGGACAUAUGUUGAAUGAUGUAACAUCUGCAUGUUGGUUUACAUAUCUCUUAGUGUUUUUGACCGAUAUCGGACUUCCCCCAAGUGAUGCUGCUAUGGUCAUGCUCUCUGGUCAAAUUGCUGAUGGCUUCAUGACCAUAUUUGCAGGUGAACUGAUAGACAGGUAUGGGAGCUUCAAGAUAUGGCAUGGCGCAGGAUCUAUUUUGGUUGCUGUUUCAUUUUCUUCCGUCUUCGGUGGUUGCAUGCCUUGCAAAAUUAUAGGUUCCUAUUCGUCUACUGCACAAACCAUCAGUUAUAGCCUCUUUGCAGCAAUUUUCAAUGUUGGCUGGGCUGCCACUCAAGUUUCACACAUGUCCAUGGUGAACUGCAUCACCCUGAAUUCAACAAGCCGGGUAGUUAUGACCAGUUGCCGCAAUGCCUUUACAAUGGUUGCGAACCUUAGUCUAUAUGCUGUUGCUUUUGUGGUAUUCAAGUUUGACACAAGACGGACCAUUAUUGAAGUUGAGCAUCAGUACCGCUGGAUAGCUUAUGCAUCGAUCUUCAUUGGUUGCUGCUUUGUCGGUAUAUUUCAUCUCGGAACUGCAGAGCCAAGAUUAAAAAGAGAAGCUCAUGAAAAAGGAUAUACCAGAAUUUCUUGGACAUACUGGUUUCGAAAGUUGUUAUACCACCAAGUGGCACUUGUAUAUGUGCUAACAAGGCUAGUCACAAAUGUAUCCCAGGCAUUUCUUGCUUUUUAUGUCGUCAAUGAGCUGAGGAUGGACCAAUCUGCCAAAGCCUUGGUGCCUGCUGUCAUCUAUGUAUGCAGCUUCGUCACAUCAAUCAUCCUACAGGAGAUGGCCUGGAAUAGUCAUCGGUUGAAGGUUUCGUACUCUGCUGGGGGGCUUCUUUGGAUGAUUUCUGGCGUUGGCAUCCUCUUUUUGCCAAGCAGCAUGAAAUAUUUUAUGUACCUUAUAUCAGUAGUGAUUGGAGUGGCAAAUGCCUUGAUGAUGGUGUCAGGGGUGAGCAUGCAGAGCUUCCUAGUUGGUCGAGAUCUCAAUGGAUGUGCCUUUGUUUAUGGAUCACUGAGCUUUCUGGACAAAAUAAUAUGUGGAGUAGCAUUAUCUGUUCUUGAGUCGUAUCAAAGCUCGACUCCAGAUGAAGUGCGGAACUGCAAUCCUGUAUUCUCUCUUUCGAUUACCAGAUACGGGCUUGGGCUUGUUCCAGCCAUAUCUGCACUGGUAGGUGUGCUAGUGACACUUAGCAUGAAGCUUCCUGAGCCGACCUUAACACCCUUAAUUGCUCCUCUACUGGAAUAGCUCACAGAUGUAUACAUUCUUAAAAGUCAAUCACAGGUGUGUCACAGUUCAUGAAAUCAAAGUUGUAUGAUUGAACUAAUAGCUCUUAGAAUGUCAAAUUCUAGUUCAUGAACUGGCCUACGGCAGACAAAUUUUGCUGCAGAAGGAAACAUAGCUCCAAAUGUCUAGUUUGACUUACCAUGUACAAAGUUGUAUCACUGAACAACUGAUGCUUAUACCUAAGGCAUAUCAUUGGCUGUCAGAAUCGUUGGUUUCGUGCCGCCAGUUCUUGAUCUGAUAGCGACUCAA